AUGAUUCAUAAACGUUCGGACUUAGACGAGAUACAGAAGUUCCAUUAUCUUAGGUCAGCGCUCACCGGUGGUGCCUUGCAGGUGAUCAGUGCCUUAGAGUUUAGUCCGGCUAACUACAUUCAUGCAUGGGAGUUAUUGGAAAAUCGGUUUCACAACGAUAGAUUAUUGGUUAAUAACCACGUGAAAGCGUUAUUUAAUAGUGCGACCUUGAAAUCGGAAUCCUCUAUGCUGAUUAGAAAAUUGAUUGAUACUGUCCUACGUAAUUUACGAGCUCUCAAUUCCCUAGAUGAACCCACGGAGAAAUGGGAUACACUUAUUAUCUACCUUAUCGUAACUAAGCUCGAUGCGUCCUCGGAACGCGAGUGGGAGAACCACAAAGGCGCGAUGUCUUUAGGCGUCAAGGACAAGGUCAAGUUAGAGGAUUUACUCUCAUUCCUUAGGAACCGUGCUGACAUGCUCGACAUGAUUAACGCGAAUCAUAGCAAGCCGAAAGAAGUAACACAUGAUAAGAGUGAAAACAAACAUCACAACGAUAACAAAC